AUGGACCUGGAUGUUAUCCAGUAUUUGGCCAAGGCCAAGAAGAAACAAGACCCUGCAGCUUUGCAGGCAGCCUUCAAUGAACUGGAAGAAAUGACAGAAGCUGACUCAGGAGGAACACUUAGCUUUGACCAACAUAUGUACAUCUCUUGUGCAGAAGUAGGGCUACAGCUGGGUUGUUUGGACAUAACAGCCGCCUGUCUCAAAAAAUUCUUUGAUGGCAACCCACCAGCUGAUCAAUAUUUGUGUCGAGCCUUCCUCUGCCAGAACCAGUUGAAGUGUACCCCACCCACAGGUACCAUGGCAGAUUUUAAAGAGGAUGUGCAGUAUUGUCUUAAAGCGAUUGACAUUUCAAAGAAAGACAAAAGAUCUCACUACAUUGUGUUCAAUGCUUCAGUGCUGUAUCUUCAGACAGUGCGUCCUCUCCUGCAACCAGGACGGUGCUGCCACCUCGUAACCUCACUCAGGCAGGUGGUCAAAAGUCUGGAAAUGGUGGCGGACAAGGAUCACAGCUGGAGAGCUGAACUCAUGAUGCACCUAAUUGAUGCUCUUUUGGAUGCUGGAAAAAUGGACGAUGCUGCAAGUUAUGCCAGAAUUACAGAGGAAUUCAUCAGAAAACACUGCCCACAUCUUUAUUCUAACGUCUUUCGUUUACAGGUGUGGCAUAAUCUGUCAAAAAGAGAGAUCAUCCUUAAAAAGAGCCGCCAGUCAACCGCCUUAACUGUCAUUUACAAACUGCUACAAUGUAAAAGGGGUUUGGGGGAAAUAAGUGAGGACGAACUAGCAAAAAAGGAUUUAAAUGAGCUUGAGGAAAUUUUUAGUCUCUUGGGAGAGUCAACAAAACCUUCUCUUCGGACACCCAUUCCACCAGCUAACAGAGUGUCCUUUCUCCUGGAGCUUGCUUUUCUGGCUUUGCAAGGCAAGAAUCAUAGAGUGGCUGACAAAUGCUUAAAAAGACUUAGGUCUGCUGGAGAGACUAGUAUCGGAGAACAAAUAAUGAUGGAGUGUAUCAACUGUGAAAUAAACCUUCGGAAGAAAGAGACGAAGAUGAAUGACUACUCCAAAUCCAGUGUGGAGGCUCGUCUGAAAGCGAUAUUAAAGCUUAAUCAGUGUCUGCAGGCUGCAGUAAGAGAGGGGGACCCUCAAGCUGUGCAAGCAGUGUGUGCCACACAGUGGAGCUUCUGUCUUCCACUGCUGCAGCACAAUCUCCGCAGACACGUUAAGACACCUCUGUCACGGGUGGCCCAAGCACUAGAAGACAUGCAGUGCAUGUUGUUCCAAGUUCGAUGUCAGGUCCACGCUGAGCUUGCAGUGACUGAAGAAGAAGAUGGGCUCCUUGAGGCCUCACUGAAUCACCUCCAGAAAGCCAUGCAGCUGGAUAAUGGCACACAAAAAGAAAGAUUGUCAUCGGCUUUCCACCUGCUACAGCUGAGACGAAACCUAUAUCAAACGCGCUCUCGGACAGAGGAUAAAGCCGCGAUGCUUAUGCAGCAGGUCAAGGACAGGAAGCCCCAACAGGAUACUGACUUCCGUCCUUUACUGCUGACUGUGGGUCAACUAUUGGCUCCUGCUGAUUUCCAGAUGUUGCUAAAUGCAGACAACAUCUCGAAAACCACUGUUGGAUGUGGACCAAUUGCUCAGCUUUCUGCUGAGGCUCAUAAUUACUAUGCAGCUGUACAGAAGUUAGAUGGAUACCUGGACCGACAAGGAGAAAAUGCUGACAACACAGAGAGAUUGAGGCUGUGGGCCACGCUUGCAAAGACAGCUAGAAAGGAGGAAGUGUGGGAUGUGUGCAGAGUGGCUUGUCGAUUCUGUUUGCUCUAUGAUGAAGCAAGAUCGAAGAUGUCCAAAUGUCACAAAUCAAAAUGCUCAGAGGAAGAGAGCUCUUCCGAAAACCUUAGCAGCUACGAAGAAAUUCAACCCUGUCCGAAGAAGUUGCGCCUUUUAGCUGAAAUAUGCUUUAUCACGGCUGAGGCUACUGCCCAAAAGCUGCAAAUGCUAGGUGUGCAGCUCAACAGCCCUGCGGUUCUCCCACAGGAUGUAGGUGUGUCUGAAGAUGAUAAACACUGGAUUAUUUACAGAGACUGGAUUCAAGAUCUAUCUGGCUAUGCCACGUCAACCUUCCUUCGAGCGGCUGAGCUUGGUACACAGAUCAGAGAACCCUGGGUUGUGGCAAAUUCAGCCAUUUACUUAUGGAACUACAACAAGCACUUGCUGGUUACUGGAGACUAUAACUGUCUCAUCCCCACCUUCCAAAGCCUGGUAGAGAUGUUCCAAAAGACCGAGUGCACUGGAAAUCACGCGCUGUUGGUGCUUCUGUGUGAUGCUGUUGCUCGAGGUUUGUACCAACAUCUAGCUGUAUUAGACAACAUGGAACAAGCCUGUCCACAAGAAAAGGGAAAAGUCAAAUCUGACAAGAUGAGCAGUGCCCCAUCUACUGUGCUCGAACCUGAUAACCUCAUUAAGGUCCAAAAAGCUUUUGAGCUGUGUAACUACGCACUUUCCAUAUCGAACUGCAACACCACCGGAGAGACAGUACCCAUUGCUGUGCAAAAGCAAGUGGUGGCCACGUGGGUGCGGAUCAAGACUCUCCAGCAGCAGCAUACUGGCUGCAAUACAGAAACGGAUGAAAAGAAUGAAGAAUACUCACCUAUGACUCGUGUGCUUAUUGCUGUGGAGAUGCUUCAGUCCUACAAAAAUGCCAGUCCCUUGGAGGGGUAUGAUCCCAGUCUUUCAACGUUAGUCAGCAUGGUGUCUAAUUGUAACUGGACUGAUGCUGUGGUGGAGUUGCAGACAUGGUGUCAACUUGCUGCAUUCUGCCACCAUGCAAAGGAGUACAGUUUGGUCCUGAGCUGCACAGAGAGAGCAAUGCAACUUGAGGAUGCAGCAUUAAAAUGCCUCAACACCACACCUUGCCUAUUGUAUGGCUUGCCUGCAGUGAAUGAGAUGCUGAGCACUGCAGCCUGUUUGAGGGGGUUGAGCUCAAUUCAUCAGUCAAUAGGAGAUAUACAUAUGUACAAGACAGCUAUGGAUAUGCUUCUGUCCAGUAUCAGGUAUGCGCUGAAGGCUGGACAUCCAGAACUAUGUUUUACAGCUGCUAGGCAUUACUGGAACAACUGCCUACCUCUAACACAUUCACCCGAGGAAAGACAUCAGCUCAAAGAGCCCUUGGAGGCAAUUCUUAAUGCCCUCCUUCAAACUCAUCCCAAACAUACAAACAAACAGGACAAAGUGAAACAACCUCAGAAAGGAGUCCCUCUUGGAAGUUCCAAACCUGAAGCACAAAAUGAAGAAGUCCUAACCCUUAGAUCAUCAAUGUACUGUCUGUUGCUUCAAAUAUACAUUGAUAGAACAGAUUUAAAUGGCGCUUUGCAGCUGUUGGAUAAUGCUGUUAGAGAUAUGCCUGGCACUAAACACCGACUACUUUUGCUGAAAUAUCGCAUACAGAUGAAGGCUCGGCUGGGGGAGAGUGUAUUGAUGGACAUGCAGACGCUACAAGGCAAGGAAGAGCAGAAUUGUUCAUUAAUGUGGCACAAAGCAGCUCUGUGUUCUUGCAAUGAAACACAGCAGAUGACCUGCUAUCAGAAAUCAGUAACAUCUCUCAUGGUAAAAAACCAAUGGCAAAAGGUCAGCUUCCUACUUGCAUUUGGAGCAUGGUUGUACUGUCACAACAUGUCUGCAGAGGAGGCUCAGCACCAGGUUCAAUGGGCCAUUGACAUUCUUCUACAUUUGGCAACAGGGCAGUCAGAAAAAUCAGAGGACGAAUCUAAGGAAAUGGAUCUAGGCUCGUCAAAAUGUGAAACUCUGGCAGUUGUUCAAGGACUGUCAUUCACACAGACUGUGUCCAGUCUGAAGGAGGUGCAACGCCUUGACAGCUUGGUGCAAGCACACACUCUGCUUGCUGUCAUGGCAGACAGAAAUUCAUCCGAGCACCAGUUUAACCUGCUCCGAGCAUACGACUUCGUACUACAAAUAUGGCAGGUGAGCAUAUCAGGGGAAAAUCCUUCUCCAACAGCGUCGACUCCCAAACCUGUCUUGGAACCUACUCUUCCACAUACUCUGGAGUAUUGGGUUAAAUACACUUGCCCUGAUCAGGUCCGCUACACGUUCAAAACAAAUUGUAGCAUGCAGUGCAUCAAUAUUCACACGAUUACUAAUCAGACCCAGAGCUUGUUUUAUCUUGAUCUGCUGGAAAAGGAGCUUAACUCACUCUCACUGAGCCACCUGACACUACCCAUUAUGCACCUUGCAGAAACAUUUGCUCAUGAUCUGUUGGAUAGGAAAAGCCUUUCUGAUUUGUAUCGACUCAGAAUAGUAAGGACCUGCUGUCAGCUUGGCAUGGAAAGUCAUUCCUCAUAUCAUGAGAGUCUCCUGAGCUUGAUGAAAAUGCAAGAACAAGAGCAAAUCAGGUGCCACAGAGCAAUCACUCUUUUACAGGAGAGAAGACGCCUCUACAAAUCGCACAAUCAGAAAACCAAUACGGAGUCACGUUUACAGAGGAGGAAUUCAUUUCGAUUGGAUAUUUGGGUUGAUAAAGCAGAUGCCUGCAUAGAGAUGGGACUGUAUCAAGGAGCCAGGCAGCUCUUGGCAGAAGCUCAAUUGGUUGCAUUGGAGUUCGAUGAUCAGACUGUGAUGCCAAGAAUCUUGCUCAGUAUGGCUACUUUAGCUUGUGAGGAACACAAUCAUGCAGAGGCCCUGUAUCUUUUGGACAAAGCUCAAGCCAUGACUGGGGACGAGCACUUCUGGUACAAGUUCACACUCACAAAGGUUGCUGCUGUGGUAGGUCAGAGACCCCAGGAUGCACAAACCAAGAUUGAUCAGAUUAUCAAGCAGGGAUGUGAGGCUUUGACAGUGGUUCUGAAGCAGCGCUUAAACAGAGUCUCAGAGAUCACAUUUUUAAUUGAAUCAUUAAAAAUGAGAGGUGCCAUUGAGUGUAUCUGUGCCAUUUCUGGCGGUGAGCCAGGAGUCACACUCUCUACUAAGGAAUUCCAGUUGUUGAAAGCUGCCUGUGAUACCCUCGGGCAGUGUGCAAGCGUUUUCACUCAACUCAACUACAGAGCCUAUGCAGCAAAGAGCCAUGAAGAAUGCACAUACGGCCUGAGGUUUCUGGCCUACGCGGCUACAGACAAAAAGGAGAAGCAGCGAUUUCUGCUAGAUGCACUUUCCCAUAUGCAGUUAUCAAUCUCAGAGCAGGAACGUGUGGUUUUGAAUGCUGAAAACCUGCUCCAACCUGAAGAGGCAAGUUCUGGAGUGAUAUUGUCUCCCAAGUGGACAUUAUUACGCCUGCGCCUCUCCCUGGCAGAUGUUUGCUUGGCAAUACUGGAGGAGCACUGUGAAGAAAUAGUCAACCGAGCCCUGACCAAGGACAAGACUAUUGCUGAGAUAGCAAUUGAGGAUUUCAUGCGAAGCAUACCUGAAACCAACUCAAUUGAACAGGAGUGGAUGAAUGUCGGCAGCACGUUGGGCCAGAUGGCGUUGGGCCAGCUAGCUGCAGUGAACACUUGUUCUCUGGAUGACUUGGAGAUGAGAGCACAUUGCCUAUGUUUGAUGGGAAAGACCCUAAGACUGCUGGCUGUGCAGGAGGAUCCUGUUUAUAUGUCUUCUCUCUGGAAAAAUGAUCUAAAGCUGCAAGGUACAUCUGAUCCCACUGCCAAAAUUACCGAAGAGGAGAAUUCUGUGAAAGAGAGGGAAAGUGUUUUAAGCAGUAAAGAGUCCAGGAUGACUUCUGCGAAAAGCACUGAGCCGCAGCAAAAAAAGCGCAAGGUUGAGCUGCUUUUGGCCCAAGCCAGCAAUGUGCUGUCUGAAACUGUUAGCUUGUGUCUUCAGCACAAUUUGUCAGCCUCCAUCCUGAGUGAUGCCUCUCUCAAUAUGCUGGAGUGUCUUGGCAAUUCACACCAUGAAUUGGCAUGUCAGUAUCUCGCCUUGUUUCAGAGUGCUUGCAUUGUUGAUGUCAUGGCUGAUGUUUUAAGUCUGGCCUGUGACGACACCAGUGUGUCUCAACUCUCAGCUCUUCUCAGCCUAUACAGGAAACUCCUUGUAUCUCAAGAGGGUAGGCCCACUAAAAUGUUGGAAGGAGUAAGACACUCCCUGAACAACAUUUCCAAGGCCUUUUCCCAACUGACCAUCAACCCCAACCACCUAAAUCUUCUUGCUGAACUUUCAUCUGACCUGAAGAUUAUUUUACUCCAGCACUCUAAGGAUGGAUCUGAACUUUACGGAGCGCUCUACAAAGUGACUGAAUCUCAAGAAAAUCAAAAAGGAAAGACACCACAAGGUUCACCAUCAUGCUCGAAAGUGGCUAAGGCUUCUGUCUGCCCGAGGGCUCUGCUGGCUCUACGCGAGCAGACACGGGCCUUUGACCAAAAGAUGAGACAUGCACUCCUGAAGGAGACCUGUUUGCAUGAUGGAAGAGUGAAAACCCCUGAAGAGGAUCAGAUUUCUCAUCCUAGGUCUGAUGAGGAAAAUGCUUUAACGCUUCACUUUAGAGAUAUUGUUCACCAAAUGGAAGAAUACCUGAAUCCACUCAUUUCUCAGUUUGACUUCAGUUUCUUGAGUUCCCCUGUCUCAUCUAAUCCAGUUUCUGAGGAGCGCCACACCAAGUGUGAAGAUAAGAAAGGAACCACUGGUGACGAGGCCCCACCACGACAACCAGGUGAAUUUGUAGUGUUGCUGGCAGACUGGAAGUUGAUGGAGUUGCCAUUGGAGGCAUUGUCAAUCCUUCAAGGAGACCUACUAAAAUCUGUAUCUCGAGAUUUCUCCCUCCAGCUUCUCUGCAGUCGUAUACCGAAAGAAGAGCCAGUGAAAGUGGAAAAGGAAACCAAAGGGGGUAAAGGCAUGAAGGGGAAAGCUAAUCAAAGCCAAGUCAUCAAAGCGGCUAUGCACAUUUUCAGUGAGAUGGAGAAACUGCUGUCCAAAUGCAGCGGGUUCUUGUAUUUGGGAGCAGAACGCUUCUUGGCUCCAAUCCCACCUGCCAAACUAGCAGCCCUCAACCUGUCAGAAUGUCACAUGGCUCUCAUUUUUGACCUGGUUCAGAGUAAUGCUUUGCACUCAUCAAACCUUGACAUGCACAAAAGGGCAGGACAACGCACCCUUGAGAAGACUUCGGAGGUUGCUCUGCUGUUGAGCUUGAAUGGUGUUACUUGUAUUGUACUAAACCAAUGGCAUAGCAGCCUUGAGCAGAACUCGGAAUACAUGACCAACUUUUUGGAUAAUUUUCUGAGCGGCAGACAGACCUCCGGGCAGAUUGUCCAUUCCCUCAGGCAAGAUGACGACACCUCGGACUCAAAUGAUUCUGACACUGUUUUGGAAGAAAGUUUUCAGCACAAAACUGAUCUGACGCCAUCCGCUUUCAACUGUGUUCUUUAUGGACUUCCUCUUGUGACCGGCACAUAA